CAUUUCAAAUUACAAGCUGUCGAUGCAAACGAAGUUCGCCUUAUAUAUAUAGUCACACUCAAAUCGCCUCGCCAUCUCCGUCAAUUUUCUCCCUUCGUUUCCAGUUGCUCUCAAUUCCCUCAUUCUUAAUCGCGGUUGAUUUCCGGUGGAAAAAGAAAGCCAAGUUUCCAACCAACAAGAUGUCCCAAUCUCUCAAUCUUUUCGUCUCAUCUUCGACUCGUUGUCCCGUGAGUUUUCAGCUUUUGAAACCUUUGCUCUCUUUUUCCUCCGCCGGUACGUUCCGGAUUCCUGUGAAUAUCUCCGGCCCGGCGGCUUCGAGAGUUAAAGUUUCCGUUUCGGAUCUGGAUUCAACUUCGCCGGUUCUGGCUUCGGACAACGGCUCGAGAGGUUUCGUAUCCGCCGUUGGGGACGGACCAACGGCUGCAUUUGAGGUCGACGCGGUGACGGAGGCUGAGCUGAAAGAGAACGGGUUCCGGAGUACCAGGAGGACAAAACUCGUGUGCACCAUUGGUCCUGCUACAUGCGGCUUUGACCAACUGGAAGCGCUUGCCGUUGGCGGGAUGAACGUGGCCCGAAUCAACAUGUGUCACGGGACGCGGGAGUGGCACCAAAUGGUGAUCGAGCGGGUCCGGAGGUUGAACGAACACAAGGGCUUUGCAGUCGCCAUUAUGAUGGAUACUGAGGGCAGUGAGAUUCACAUGGGUGAUCUUGGAGGAGCUUCGUCUGCCAAAGCUGAGGAUGGAGAAAUUUGGACUUUCAGUGUUCGAGGAUUUGAUUCAACUCAACCUGAGAAAACCAUUAAUGUGAACUAUGAUGGCUUUGCUGAAGAUGUGAAAGUGGGGGAUGAGUUACUAGUAGAUGGUGGAAUGGUGAGGUUUGAAGUGAUUGAGAAAAUUGGUCCAGAUGUUAAGUGUCUUUGCACAGAUUCUGGUCUUCUAUUGCCAAGGGCUAAUUUGACAUUUUGGCGUGAUGGAACAUUAGUUAGAGAGAGAAAUGCUAUGCUUCCUACUAUUUCUUCUAAGGAUUGGCUAGACAUUGACUUUGGGAUUGCAGAGGGUGUUGAUUUUAUUGCAGUAUCAUUUGUCAAAUCUGCUGAAGUCAUUAACCAUCUUAAAAGUUAUCUCAAAGCACGAGCUCAUCAUAAUGAUAUUGCUGUAAUUGCCAAGAUUGAGAGUAUUGACUCAUUGAAGAACUUAGAGGAAAUUAUUCAAGUGUCGGAUGGAGCCAUGGUGGCGAGAGGAGACCUUGGCGCUCAGAUCCCAUUGGAGCAGGUUCCGACGGAGCAGGAAACAAUUGUUAAGCUCUGCAGACAGCUAAAUAAACCUGUGAUAGUUGCUUCACAGUUACUUGAGUCUAUGAUUGAAUAUCCCAUUCCCACCAGAGCUGAAGUGGCUGAUGUUUCUGAAGCAGUGGGACAAAGGGCAGAUGCUUUGAUGCUGUCGGGAGAGUCAGCCAUGGGAUUAUUUCCUGACAAGGCUUUAACUGUGUUAAGAACUGUUAGCUUGAGAAUUGAGAGGCAGUGGAGAGAGCAGAAGCAACAUGAAGUAAUGGAACUUCCAUCUAUUGCAUCUUCCUUUGGAGAUACCAUAUCAGAAGAAAUUUGCAAUUCUGCUGCCAAGAUAGCUAAUAAUUUGGAGGCUGAUGCUCUCUUUGUGUACACCAAGACUGGGCACAUGGCUUCUCUCUUAUCACGCUGCCGUCCUGAUUGCCCCAUUUUUGCAUUCACAACAACAACUUCAGUACGUAGGCGCCUGAACCUGCAAUGGGGGUUGAUCCCUUUCCGCUUGAGCUUCUCUGAUGAUAUGGAAAACAACAUCAACAAAACCUUUUCCCUGUUAAAGGCUCGGGGCAUGAUCAAAUCAGGUGACCUGGUCGUUGCAGUUUCAGACAUGUUGCAAUCUAUCCAAGUCAUGAAUGUUCCUUGAGACGCAAAAGAAAGUCUGCUUGGAAUUGUCUGUUUUACCAGUAAUCUGUGCUUGCCCAACUCUGUAGCUGGAUCUUUCAUGCAUAGGGCAAGUUAUUAGCCGUCUGUAUGUAUGUUAAUGCUUCUUUGUUUUUCAACCUCUCUCCUUUUUUUAGAAAUACCAUUUUUUAUUUGAAGCUAGUGAGGAUUGUGAGGUUUAUAUUCAAAAUGUGUUGAAAAAAUUGAUUAAGGUUCAUUAGUUAAUUAUGCCUUCAGGCUUUCUUUUCUUUAAGAAAAAGUGCAAAUAAAAAACAAGUUAAU